AUGUACAUAGAUUUUUCCACGACGAUCGUGGCUCUCGUAGCCCUGUGCUCCAACGCGUUGCCGGCCUCGCCGUGCCCCAAGGGCUGCACGUGCCCAUCACCGGGCACCCUCGCCUGCAGCGGGCACGUCAACUCGAGCGCACUGCCGCCAGGUACCCGAGCCCUGCUCUUGCUGGGCCACCUCCCUGCCCCGCUGGUGCUCGCUGCCCUCCGCCUGCGCUCGCUGCAAGCCCUGGACGUGUCCCAUGCCGGCAUCUCCAUCCUCCCGCCGGACGCUUUCUCCGGCUGCCCGGCGUUGCUCUCGCUCAACCUGAGCCACAACGCGCUGCGCGGCGUGCGGGAGCACGCGUUCCACCGCCUGCCCUCCCUCCGCCUCCUCGACCUGUCCCACAAUCGAAUCCGUGGGUCCAGUCUCCUCGGCCUGCUGCAGCGCCUGAGCUCCCUCUCGACGCUCAACGUGAGUCACAAUGCCCUCCGCGAGCUGGACGGGUUCCGCGCCGGGCGCGCGAACCCCCCACAGCCGCUCCCGCACCUGCGUCACCUGGACGUGUCCUACAAUCGCAUCGUGGAGAUGUCCCCUGUCGUGCUCUCAGCGUUUCCGGGCCUGGUGACGCUGCGGGCAUCGCACAACCGCCUGGAGGAGCUGAGCGAAGAGCUGUUCCAACGCUUGCGGGAGCUGCGCUCUCUCGACCUCGCCUGGAAUCACCUCUCCCGGCUGCCCGAGGGUUUGUUCGGAGGCACCACCGCCCUCGAGAGGCUCGACCUGCGCGCCAAUCGUCUGGCGAGCAUCCCCAGCGGAUUGCUGGGACCGCUGGGACGUCUGGCGUGGCUGCGGCUCGAGUACAACCCCUGGGAGUGCGACUGUUCCCUGUGGGGGCUGAGACUGUGGCUGGAAUGGCUCACGUUUCGAGGCGGGGAGGUGGACAGACUGUCGUGCUCCGCACCGAGGGAGCUCAGGAACAGGCCACUCCAGCAACUGUCCUCCGAUAUGUUCUCCUGGUGCCAAACAUCUGUGCGCGAAACCCACAGCAACAAAUCCGACUGGGCACGGAGGAUCUCCGAGCCUUUGCUUUUGGAGGCAGAGGUGCUGCAGAACGAUCACGGUGAAGGACACCCUUUCAUGUCCUCUGAACACAAACCCCCACCACCUUCAGCAAAAGAGACCGUGUCGUCCACGGCACAACGCUCACUGCCGCCACCUUCAGAGGAGCAACACCCGCCCUUCUCGGCAAGGGAGCCGCAACCUCUGUUCUUGCCGGCGAAGAUGCCCCCGUCUUUGUCCGCCAAAGAACCCUUGGCCUUAUCGCUGCAAGAGUUGCUGCCUCCGGCGCAGCGCCGUGCUCCGGCCCAGCUGGCUGCGGGGGGCCCCAUGGCACUCACGGUGGAGCAGCCCGGCACGCUGUCCCCACGCUCGGUGCAGCGCGGCAUCAACGACGCGUGCAUGUUCCACCACCGCGUACGCGCACGCCAGCCCAGCGUGCGCUACGCCCUAACCACUGUGGUGGUGGCGGGAGUCGUGUGCGGCCUCCUGUGCGUCAUGAUGGCCGCGGCGGCGGGCUACGGCUGUGUGUACGCGGCCAUGGCCGCGCACCGCGCCGUCGAGAGCCGCCGGUUGGGCGGCGACGGUGGGACGGAGGCCGACGGCACCAUUCCGCUAGCGGCCACCGAAGGAAUGGCCGACAGCAGCGAUGGGGGCGACGUUGGCGCGGCCGGUGGGAAGGAACCGCUCGUGUCUUGUCCUGGAAACGGUGCCAAACUCAAGCCAGACAGCCGCGUGUGA